CCACCAAAGAGCAAAUUAAUUUUGUUUUAGCCGAAAAUGAACUAUUAGAUAAAGGGGUUAAUGGGACUUUAAACCUAGUCCUUAAUGGAAUUAAGCAAUUUAAAAGAGGAGAAAAACAUUUAAAGUUAACUUGUGAUAAUGCGGCGGGACAGAAUAAGAAUAAUUCUGCCAUUCAGUUUUGCCAAUUCCUAGUAAUGAUGGGUUAUUAUGAAAGUGUAGAACUAAACUUUAUGAUAGCAGGGCAUACCAAGUUUAGUCCUGACCGAAACUUUGGGAUGAUUAAAAAGAAGUAUCGUAAAUCUACUAUUUACAGUAAGGAGCAGUUUGUAGAAGUAGUAAACAAAUCUAGUCCCCAAGGAUUAAAUAAAGUUAAGUGUUAUGAAAAUGGCAAAGGCUUUAAUUAUUAUGACUUUAAGGUUUUAGAGAAGUAUUUUGUGAAGUUGCCAAGCCUAGCCAAAUAUCACCACUUCUUUUUUAGUGCUGAUAAACCUGGGAUAGUUAGAGUUAAAGAGUUCGUUAAUAGUCCUUUUGAGGAGUUUAAUUUAUUAAAAGAUGAUAGUAGAGAAAGAGGAAAAAUUAAAGAUGCGAU